AUGCCUUCUACCAUGAUCCUUCUGGGCGUCUUGAUUGGCUUGCUCGCCCAGGCGUACACUCUACCUCUUAAGAAUUCUACUGGGGUGCAUGAGGGGAAAGUGAGGUUGAAAAGGAAAUACUCAGAUGAAAUUACAGACCGUGAUGAAAUGAAUGCAAUGGAUCAAAUCCUGGCAGUCAACAGCAGGUUACGAGCCCCCAGAGGACUGUUAUUCAGAGAGAGGGGAGAUAUUGCCAGCUCAUAUAUACGGAGUGCCAUAACCUGCCCUGGCAAUGCCUGUCUGUGGCCUAAAUCAGUUGACGGAUUUGUUUAUGUUCCCUUCAUGCUCUCUCCACUCUAUGACGACAUGGACCGAAUCACCAUAGAAACUGGGAUGCAAGACAUUUCCUCUGGAUCAUGUAUUAAAUUUGUCCCACGCACCCAUGAAGUGAGCUUCCUGGAUAUUCAGCCUAGAUAUGGCUGCUGGUCGUUCCUGGGGCAGACUGGAGGAAGCCAGACCCUGUCACUGCAGACUCCUGGCUGCAUGUGGUCAGGAGUGGCUGCCCAUGAGUUCAUGCACGCCCUUGGCUUUGUGCACGAGCAGUCGCGCUCAGACCGAGACCACUACGUGUCAAUUGUGUGGAAAAACAUCAUGCCAGACCAUAUUCAUAACUUCAGGAAACAGGUGACAAACAACCUCAACAGUCCAUAUGACUACAACUCUGUUAUGCAUUAUGGAAGAUAUGCGUUCUCUGAAGACGGUGGACCAACAAUAAUCCCCAAACCAGAUCCUUACAUUCCCAUUGGCCAGCGAGAUGGACCCAGUAAUCUAGAUCUUCAUAAAAUAAACGUUCUAUAUAACUGUGGUGCCAAUGAGUAA